AUGUAUCUGUUCGCUGCUAUUUGUGUCACGAUCAGCAUUUUGGAAGAAGUGGAUAGUUUCUGCCCUUCUCAAUGCAGCUGCACUUACCAUGGCAUGAGUGAUGGAACCAGAACAAGAACUGUGCUUUGUAAUGAUCCGGAUAUGUUUGAAAUCCCUAUGAAUAUUCCCGUGGACUCUGUAAAACUCCGGGUAGAAAAGACAGUCAUAAGAAAAAUUCCAGCUGAUGCUUUUUAUUACCUGGUGGACCUCAAAUAUCUAUGGCUUACUUACAAUUCUAUCACCAACAUUGAUAGCAGAAGCUUUUAUAACUUAAAGCAGCUACAUGAAUUGCGUCUGGAUGGCAAUUUGUUGUUGCGUUUCCCUUGGCAGUCAUUGGCUGAAAUGUCCAAUCUACGAACUCUGGAUUUACACAAUAACAAAAUGACCAGUAUUCCAGUUGAGGCCGGCAGAUACCUGAGAAAUCUCACUUACUUAGAUAUAUCUAGUAACAAACUAACCACCUUGCCCUCAGACCUCAUGGAUAUCUGGCUUCCUUUUUCUGAAACAAAAGUACUCAGGAUUACAGAUCCCCUGGUGCACAGGGUCAUAUUAGUUAUUCAAGAAAGUCCAGGGGAAGGUGAAAGAUGGUCCAUUAUUAGUCUGACAGGUAUUUCCUACAAAGAUGCAGGAGACUACAGAUGCAAGGCCAAAAAUUUCGCUGGAAUGGCAGAAGCUUUUGUUACUCUCACUGUUAUUGGUGUUGUUACCACAACAGAACCUUCCCCAAAGUAUGGCAAGAAGACAGGAACAGAGCAAGCAAAUAUUACCCAAGAAGAUGUCAAAUCAGAAUUUUUUAAUGCAACGCUUUCUUCUACAAUAGCGUCCACAACCACCUCUCUGCCUACAACUAUGGCUACCACUGAAAAAUUCACAACUGAAAGAGGAACUGACACAAAACAACCUGAGCCCAUGCCCAAUGACAAAAAGAACAGGAACACAGUUGUUAAUGGAAGGAAAAAGCAAUUGGAUACAUCAAUCAGUGUAGAGUCAGGAGAUGAACAAAAUGUUACUCUGAAAAACCUAAGAGUAAUUCCUGAAACCAGUGAAAGAGUGACCUUAAUGUGGAAAAAUAUUGAUGUCUCUAAUAGCUCUGCUUUGACUGUACUCUAUUCCAAGUAUGGAGAAAAAGAUAUGGUGUCACUAAAUCCAGAUCCCACAAAAAAAAAAGUGACAAUAGAUGGUUUGGAGCCUAGCACAAAGUAUAUGGCCUGUGUCUGCCCCAUAGAGAUGCUUCCCACCAAAGACCAGUGCAUCAUUUUCUCCACGGAUGGAAUUAGUGUGGAAGAUAAAUCUUCUAUUUCCAUUUUGCUAGUAGCUAGCGGGAUAGCCUGUUCAGUAGCGAUACCCCUCAUUUUUUUCUUACUGUAUAAAGUUGUGAUGCUUCACAGGAAACCAAAGUUGAUUAAGGAAGAUGAACUUGCAAAAGAGACUUAUAUCAAAUUUGAAACUCUUUCUUUUAGACCACAUUCCAUGGGAGCAAAUGUGGAGAUCUGGACUCACCGACACACUGAUGAGUCUGAAAGACAAUUACUUUGUUCCAGGUCAAGUAUGGAUUCGCAGAUGACCUUCAAAAGUGAAGGUUCUAGGUCAGAGUACUUCUACUAACUGUGGGUUCUGUAGAUUAGUAAUCUACAGAACCUAGAGUCAGCAGAAGUACUGUGACCUAGAACCUUCACUUUAGAUAGAAGCAAAAGAGCUGAGACCCAAU